GAGGAAAUGAGAAAUCUACAGGAGCAGGAGGAGAAGGUAGACGAAAGUACUGGAGACACAAGAUGAUGUCCGGAAAGUAUACAACAAUUGAUGAUCAACAUGUUUCGGGGUCUGUACCUGCUGUUUCAGAUCCGGGACAGGUCACCGUGAAGUUCACAGACUCCAAUCUUCAGACAUUUCCUCCAUCUGCACCGUCCGGGAAGAUUUCUGGUGGUUCAUGGCCUCCUCGCGAUGCUGAGGACACAUUUUCCAAUCCUGUAUCUGGUUCUGAUGAAUCACGGAGUGGUUGGCUUCGGGCUUUCACACUAGCUGCAUACAAACCAUACUUUGAUAUUGACACUCCAGAAGUUCUAGAGAGGAUUAAAGAGUCACUCUUUCCAUUUAGAGGAACCUUCAAUGAGAAAACCGCUAGCAAUCCUGAUCUGUAUGGGCCUUUCUGGAUCUGUACCACUUCAAUAUUUGUAGCAGCCUCUAUUGGCACAUUUGUGACAUAUAUAGCAGACAAGUUGAAGAACAAGGAAUGGAACUAUGACAUAAAUAUGGUGACUUGGGCGGCUGGUUUGUUUUAUGGUUAUGUCAUCAUUGUUCCUCUUUGUCUGUAUGUAAUCCUCAAAUACUUAUCUGCACCAUCCAGUCUUGUUCAAUUAUUUUGUCUCUACGGAUAUUCCAUUUUUGUCUUCAUUCCGGCUUUGAUGAGUCAUGUAUGUCGAUCGAUUGUGCUGUUGGAUAUCUUUAGAUGGGCGAUUGCAGGCGUGGCCGGAUUCAUGUCUGCAACAUUUGUGGCACUUAACCUCCGUGCACACAUCCAAUCGGCAGGAGAAAGGUGGUUGCUGAUUGUUGCUGGCAUCUUUCUAUUGCAGCUGGCUCUAACUGUAGUCCUAAAGUUGUAUCUCUUCACAAUAUCCGUAUGAAAGGAAACCGGUCUGGUAUCAUCAUCAAGAAGUGGGAAUAUACAGAUAACAAAGAGCUUUUUUUACCUUGUCUUA